AACAGGCGAAUGUUUUUUACAUCAGACUGUCUUUUGUCUUUUCUUUGUGAAAAUUAGUAGUACUAGUAGAUUAAUUCGAAAUACUUAUUAAUUACACUAAUGUCGGACAACCAAGACAAAGAAGAAACAUUGGCCAGUUUCCAGAUCAUAACUGGCAUAGACGAUGUCGGCGAGGCCUUCUCUCACCUGGAGGCAUCCAACUGGGAUCUGGUGGAGGCAAUCAGUCGUGUCAUGCCACACGAAGAUGCCCCACUGGCCAUCCACACGCCUGAGCCACCGGCUCCAGAUCCAGUGGCCGUUGCAUCCGCACAACCAGAUCCAAAUAAUACCAAUGGCUUUGGGCCAUUCAAUUUUGAUGAGUUACCCGGCCCCUCGCAGGGCGCCCGCAUGUUUCCAACAUCACAAUGGCUAGCUCAGCUGACGUCGAGCAUUAACUUGGAUCCCUCCAGGCAGAAUAAUAACCAAAUCAUUAUAUUCAACAUACACUUUAAUCAACGGAGCUAUCCAAUUCGCUUGCCACCAAAUGCAACCAUAGAACAACUAAAACGAAAGAUCUUUGAUGUGACCAGUGUGCCACCGUGUCGCCAGGCCAUCCGUGGCUGGCCGCCGACCCGAGUCAGCGAUGCGAAAAUUCCCGAAACGCAGCUCUGCAAUUUGGAAUUGGAGGCAGAGAACGAGCUCAUACUCGUCGAUCUAACCGAUGAUGGUUUCAUGGACACAGAACAGGACGAGGUUACACAGCGCUUGGACAAAACAUUCAAGAUCAAUGUUGUGGAGGAGGGCGGUGCCGAGGCGAAUCGUCUUACACUUAGUCUGCCCGGUCGCACAACAAUCCAAGAACUGAAAACGAAUGUCUACUACAUUACCAACAUACCAGUGAGGCAUCAGGAGUGGUCUGGCUGGCCCAGCGGUUGUGAUAACGACACCAAUUUGGCUCAAUCGGGCAUAGAACAAACCCACGAUUUUGUGAUGCGCAACAUUGCGGAUCGAGCGUCAAACAAUUCCAAUUUGCUGGCCAACACCGAAGUCGUGACCGUCGAUAGCGAGAGCUCAGCGGAUGAGUUUGAGGAUGCCACAGAUUUCAAUAACUCGGAAUACAUAUUCUCAGAUUCUCCGCCCGUACAAUCGCUCAAUAGGCAUCUGAUACCCAAUAACACAAAUGAUGAGACGAGCGGCUCAACACAAUUUGUGGAUAACUAUAAGCAACGAUUCGGCGAGCCACAUCCCGAUUUUUUUGUGGGCAGCUUAGAGAGCGCCUUGAGGCUGGCCUGUCACAAGCCCGCCAAGGAGCGUAAACUGUUGGCCGUUUAUUUGCACCAUGGCGAGAGCAUACUCACAAAUGUAUUCUGUGAUCAUCUCAUGAAGGACGAGGCCAUCAUUCAGACAUUCAGGGAGAGUUUCGUACUCUAUGGCUGGGACAUGACGUACGAGAGCAACAAGGACAUGUUCCUCUCCUCGCUGACAGCAUGCAUUAACAGCAACGCCUCGUUAACGGCCAGAAAUAUAAAACUUGACAAACUACCCGCCCUUAUGCUAGUUGGAAAGAGCCGUCUCAUGGGCCGCCAAACAUGCGAAGUCUUAUCUGUGAUUUAUGGCAACAUUGGUCUGGCUGAUUUACAAUCGCGGCUGAUUGAGACGACGGUGAUGUAUGAGGAGCAACUGCAGGUAGAGAUACGGGAGGAGAACGAGCGUGCUGCGCGCGAUCAGGUCAAGGCUGAGCAGGAUAUGGCUUACGAGGAGACGCUACAGGCGGACAUGGCCAAAGAGGCAGCGAAACGUCAAAAGGAGGCCGCUCAGGCCGCCGAACGUAAACGCAUUGAGUCCGAACGGGCCGAAGAAGAUGCUAGACGCGAGUCCAUUAGCUUAGUGGCUAAACAAUCGUUACCUCAGGAGCCUGCCGAGCAUGAAGCAAACAUUUCCAAAAUACGCGUACGCAAGCCGACAGGCGAUUUUUUGGAGCGUCGCUUUUACACACGCAACACACUGCAGGAUUUGUUGAACUUUGUGGCCGCCAAUGGUUAUCUGAUCGACGAGUACAAGGUGAUUAGCAGUUGGCCGCGUCGUGAUUUAACCGCCAUCGAUGCUGGCCAAACGCUCGAAUCGCUCAAGCUGUAUCCGCAGGAAACGGUCAUUUUAGAGGAGCGAUUUUGAUUUUAUAUCGAAGUCGUCUCAUCCUGAUUCAGCUAUUGAUUAUGAUUAUGAUUUUAAUUAUGAUUUGAGUUCGUUUACAUUGGGUUUAAGUUCUGAAUUAAUAAUUAAAAGAAAUUAGUGUUGUAUUCUUACGUUAAAAUUUUAUAUAGAGGAAACAAAAAAAAAACAGCAACAUAAACGAAAAUAAUUAAUGAGCAUACAGAUCGUUUAGGAGCUGCAGUUAAGAGCAAAGGUUUUUUUACAAUUACAAUAUAAUAAUAAUAAAUACAAAAUGAAAAAAAAAAACAAACGACGGAUCGAGAGCAGCAAAUAGUAGUAAUAAAUAUAUACUUCAAUAUAUAUAUAUAUUUAUAUAUGUUGCCCCCCUCCCUAAGCACAACUCCCCCUUUUCCCCCCUCACUAUAUAAAUAGCGUUAGCGUUAGAAAAGCAUUGAAGAAACGCAUUUAAGUUGGCUUGUUUUACUUUAUCAAUAAUAAAUUAUAUAACAUGUACUGAAA